AUGGCCAUCCGGCAGCCGGACACCGGGGACAAUGACCAGCAGCUUCCUGGAGGGGAGGGCCCGGGCCCGCGUGCGCACAACCCCAGGAGAGGAGACCAGUUCUACGUAGGGAGGCCUCAGAGCCCCGCCCUUCUGCAGCGCGUCUGCUCCACGUUCCGACUCAGUCUGCUCGUCCUCGGCUUCAACGUCCUGCUGCUGGUGGCCGUCUGUGUGAUUGGGUCCCAAAGAGCACAGCUGCAAGAGGAGCUGCGGGUCCUAAAAGAAAACUUCACCCACUUCUCCAAUGGGGUCCUGUCAGAGAUCAGCACCCUCCUCUUCCACGGGGGCAGCGCCGGUCAGCAGCUGAACUCUCUGGAGGCCAAGCUGGAGAAGCAGCAGAAGGAUCUGAAAGCAGAUCACGCCGCCCUGCUGCUGCACGUGAAGCACUUCCCCGUGGACCUCCGCAUCCUCGCCUGUCAGAUGGCCUUCGUGCGCAGCAACGGCACGCAGUGCUGCCCUGUCAACUGGCUGGAGUACGAGGGCAGCUGCUACUGGUUCUCCCGCUCCGGGAAGACGUGGGCCGACGCCGACCGGUACUGCCGGCUGGAGAGUGCGCACCUGGUGGUCAUCAACUCCCGGGAGGAGCAGAAGUUCAUUAUGCAACACACGAACCCCUUCGAUGCCUGGAUAGGUCUCACGGACAGCGACGGCUCCUGGAAAUGGGUGGAUGGCACCGACUAUGAGCAGAGCUACAAGAACUGGGCGGCCACUCAGCCCGAUGACUGGCAGGGGCACGAGGUGGGUGGAGGCGAAGACUGCGCGGAACUCCGGGCCAACGGUCGCUGGAACGACAACUUCUGCAAGCAGGUGCAGCGCUGGGUGUGCGAGAUGAGGCGGAACAUCACGGCCUAG